AUGGCCGAACUCGUAGAAAUGGAAACAGACACACCACGCGAGGCAACAACAUCAUCAACUACUACUACAGACAAAAAAAGAUUUGAAGUUAAAAAAUGGAAUGCAGUUACACUAUGGGCAUGGGAUAUAGUUGUUGACAACUGUGCUAUAUGUCGAAAUCAUAUUAUGGAUCUUUGCAUUGAAUGCCAAGCAAAUCAAGGAGGAGCAACAAAUGAAGAAUGCACAGUUGCUUGGGGCGUAUGUAAUCAUGCUUUUCACUUUCAUUGUAUAUCACGAUGGUUAAAAACACGUCAAGUAUGUCCAUUAGAUAAUCGUGAAUGGGAAUUUCAAAAAUAUGGUCGCUAA